GGUAUCCCUGUGUAGAUGGAUAUAUCCCGCCGUCGGGGCGCCCCCCCCGCUCCCCCGGGCCUGCCUCGGGAACGCCCCCGCGGGUGCUGCUGCCUUGGAUCGCCUGGCGCUGGGGCAGCGCCGGCCUCUCCCUUCUCUCCCUCCCCCGCCCGCAGGCGCCUCCCGCCCGGCCACAGACACAGCCCCGGCCCUGGCCCUGCGCACAGCGGCGGAUCCCUCGGGCAGCGUGCACGGAGAGCCAUGGCGCGGUGCCGCGGCAAUGUCCGCUUCCUCCUCCUCCUCCUCCUCCUCUGCAGCGCCGCGGCAGCCGGACCUACGUUCCUUGUGGCAGUUCCCUGGAACAUCAGGCCUGGAGCAAACCUGACUGUUGGGGUAGCUCUGCUGCCGGACAGCCCAGCGCAGGUCACCGUAAGGGGAGAAGUUAUCAGAGAUAACGAGACCAUCUUGAGCAGGGAAAUGGUCUUUGAGAAAGAUUCCUUUGGGACUCUUGUUCUUCCAGUACUGCCUUUGAACAGUGCUUCUGGGAAUUAUGAAUUACUGGUGGAAGGCCGUGUUGAUGGCCGGCACAUCUUCUCUAACCGUACCAGCUUGAUGUACAUGUCAAAGAGCAUCUCCGUAUUCAUCCAGACUGAUAAAUCUAUGUACAAACCAGGACAAGAUGUGCUGUUUCGGGUUGUUACUGUGUAUCCUGAUCUAAAACCUUACAAAGUGCCUCUGAAUAUAUAUAUCCGAGACCCUCGGAAGAAGUUGAUUCAGCAGUGGUUGAUGGAGGAAGGUGAUUUGGGUGUACUUUCCAAAAAAUUUCAGUUAUCAAUGAACCCUCCCCUAGGAGACUGGUCCAUAGAGGUGGAAGUGAACGGUCAAGUUCAUUAUCAAAGAUUUAAAGUGAUGGAAUAUGUUUUACCAAAAUUUGAUGUCAUGAUAACAACACCAUUAUACUACUCUCUGAGAGAUGAAGAUGUAACUGGUGUUGUCACUGCCAAGUACACGUAUGGAAAGCCAGUAAAAGGAACUGUAACAGUCACAUGCCUUUCUGUCUCCUACUGGACAAACAAGAGAAAUAUAACAAUAACAAUGGAGAUAAAAGGAUCUGUGAAUGUAACCUGUAACAAACUUAUGUUGCAAAACUUGAAUGCUGAGCAGUCGUGGCACCAAGGUGAUAGUGAUUACACAGAGCCAAUAGAAAUGAUUGCGGUGGUCACUGAGUCACUCACAGGAAUUUCCCAAAAUUCAAGUACCAUCAUAUUUCCAAAGCAAAGUGAUUAUUUUAUUGAAUUUCUGGACUACUCUAGAGUUAUAAAACCUUCUCUGAACUUCAUAGCUACUCUAAAGGUGUCACGUUCCGAUAGCAACCAGCUCACAGCUGAAGAGAGACAGAAUUUUGUAACAGUCACUGCACAACAGUCAGAUCUGCUUUUUCACCACUCUUCACUUUCUCACCUUGAAAAUGAGGCAACAGAGGAGAGAAAUCUGACAGUCCGUGUCCUGAAUUACACAGUCCCAGAAAAUGGAAUAAUUGAUAUUGAGUUUCCAAUCCUGUAUGAUACAAAAACUCUGAGAGUUCAGGCAGAGUUCCUCAGCAGCAGGACUGACAUAGGUGUUUAUGAUGUGUUCAGCUCCCCCAGCCAGACUUACCUCCAGGUUAAAACAAAGAGCCAGGAUAUAAAGGUUGGGAAGCCUUUUGAGCUGAGCAUUGCAAGCAACAAGCCAGUGAGAGAGUUCCACUAUCUGGUAUUAUCUAAGGAACAAAUUAUGGGUUUUGGCACGAAGUCUACAAAAACAUUCACUUUAACAGCAGAAAAUUCCUGGGCUCCUUUGGCAUCUAUACUUGUAUUCUAUGUUGAUGAGCUUGGAGUAGUUGUAAAUGAUGCUCUCACUGUCCCCAUCCAGCCUGUUUUGGAUGACAAGAUUAAAAUCUCUUGGAGCAAAGAUAAGGUCAAGCCAUCUGAGAAAGUCUCCCUUAAAAUUAGUACAACAGAACCAGGAUCAAUAAUUGGACUUGCAGUUGUUGAUAAAAGUACAAAGCUUCUAGGAGAAAGUAGUGACCUAACAGAAGAUGCUGUCCUCCAUGAGCUCAAUUUAUACAGCACAGUGCAGUAUUUUCCCCUGGUCAGAGGUUCUUUUGGUGUAUUUCAGAAAUGCAGCCUUUGGGUAUCAACUGAUGCAAUUCUUGAGGAAGAUAAGGAACAUUUUCUUUAUGGCGGAAUGAUACCCAUAGAAGAUGGUUUUGGUGAUGAUAUGCCAGUAUCUAAAAAUGGACCUCCUGAUUUCAGCAAUCUGUAUGUGAGGACACAUUUUCCAGAGACUUGGCUUUGGAUCGACACUAAAACUAGAUCUGACACAGAAACCACAAUGGAAGUCAUUGUACCUGAUACCAUCACAUCCUGGAUUGCCAGUGCUUUUGUGAUGUCUGAAAACAGCGGGCUUGGAGUGACAACAGCUCCAGUGGAGCUAGAAGCUUUUCAACCUUUUUUCAUUUUCCUGAACCUUCCAUACUCCAUCAUCAGAGGAGAGCAGUUCAUUUUGGAAGUGAACAUCUUUAAUUAUUUGAAAGAAGAAGCUGAGGUUACUGUGAUCCUGGAUAUGAAUGAUGCUUUUGAAAUUAUUCUAACAUCAAAUGAAAUAAAUGCUACAGAAAAUCGACAGUCUAUAUCUGUACCAAGUGAAGAUGGCAAAACUGUUCAAUUCCCAAUCAAGCCGAAACAGCUGGGAGAGAUUCCCAUCAAAGUGACAGCAAUAUCAUCUGCUGCUUCUGAUGCUAUCAUUCAGAAAGUUUUAGUAAAGGCUGAAGGAUUGGAACAAACAUAUUCUCAGACAGUUCUUUUGGAUUUGACUGGGAAUAAGCGACAAUCAGUGUCAAAAGCUUUGGAUUUCACUUUUCCUUCUGACGUUGUAAGUGACAGUGAGAGAGUGCAGAUCACUGCUGUUGGUGAUUUACUUGGGCCUUCUAUCAACGGUUUGUCAUCACUGAUUAAGAUGCCUUAUGGCUGCGGUGAACAGAAUAUGAUCAACUUUGCUCCGAAUGUUUAUGUUUUGCAAUACCUGACUAAAACCAGGCAGCUGAGAGAGGAUAUUAGAUCAAAAGCUGUAUCAUUUAUGAGAAAAGGCUACCAAAGAGAGCUGCUUUUCCAGAGGGAUGAUGGCUCUUUUAGUGCCUUUGGAAAUGAAGAUCCCUCUGGGAGCACAUGGUUAUCAGCUUUUGUAUUAAGAUGUUUCCUUCAAGCUCGUCCGUUCAUAGAUAUUGAUGAAGAUGUGCUCAUGGAUACAGCUAAAUGGAUUGUCCGUCAUCAGAAAUUAAAUGGAGAGUUUCAUGAGCCUGGGAAAGUGUUACACAGUGAUCUUCAAGGAGGCAGCAAUAAUCCAAUUACUCUCACAGCUUACAUCAUGUCCUCCCUCCUAGGGUUCCCAGAUAAACAGCAUGCUUAUGCCAUCAAGACUGCUACAAACUUUCUAGAAGAUAAAUUAGAAGAAGGUAUUUCAGAUAAUUACACUUUGGCACUUGUGACGUAUGCAUUGUCCUGGGCAAAAAGUACAAAAGCGAAAGAAGCACUGAAUAUGCUGAACGAGAGAGCAGAACACCAAGGUGAAUUUCGUUUCUGGAUAACACCUGCUUCUGAAAUUUCUGAUUCAUGGCAGUCACGGUCCAUUGAUAUUGAACUUGCAGCAUAUGCUCUGCUCUCUCACUUUCAUCAAGACAGAUUAGCAGAGGGGAUCCCUAUUAUGAAAUGGUUAAGUCAUCAAAGAAAUCACCUUGGGGGAUUUUCAUCUACUCAGGACACAGUGGUGGCUCUGCAAGCCUUGAGUCUAUUUGCAGCUCUCACUACUGCAGGCAAAACAGAAAUGGAUAUAACAGUGACAGCACCUUCUUUGGAAAUACCAGAAACAUUUUCAAUUGAUACUCGAAACCGUUUUCUGCUCCAGAGCAAGGAGAUUGCCCCUGCACAAUCAAUGACACUUACAGUGUCAGCAGAAGGAAUGGGAUUUGCUGUCUUUCAGCUCAAUGUUAUGUACAACAUAAAACACACUGAUCAGAGGCUCAGAUAUGUCCAAAAGCAAGAAGCCUUUGACUUGAAUGUUGAUGUAAAGGAUGACAAAGAUGAUAAAAACCAUUUGACCUUGAAUGUGUGCACAAGGUACUUUGGUUCAGGCACAGCUUCCCGCAGUGGUAUGGUCCUCAUGGAGGUUGGCUUACUCAGUGGUUUCUCUGUGUCACCAGAUUUUGUUCCAUUAGACAAUACAGUUAAGAAGAUGGAAAAAGACAAUGGAAAAGUCAACCUAUACUUAGACUCUCUAAAUGCAACACAGGUUUGUGUGGAUAUUCCGUCUACAAGAGACUUCAAAGUGGCAAAUAUCCAAGAUGCUUCAGUGACUGUGGUGGAUUACUAUGAACCUAGGAGAAGAGCGGUGAGGAGCUACAACUCGGAAGUAAUGCAAAGUAUAACCUCUUGUGACUUUUGUGAAAGGGAUUGCAGUCUUUGCCACCGAGAUGGUUCUCCAGCCUUGCUUCAGCACUCUUCGUUGGCCUCCUUGUUCUGUGUGCUGUUUGUCCUUCAUGUAAACUUGCUGUGCAGUUGGGUGCUGUAAAAGGAAACAUAUUGUUUCACAUCUAAGGUUUCCAUAAAUUAUCCAAAGAAAAUUUUAUGUUCA